AUGUCACCCACUGGAGUAACUACAUGGAAAGCCGUUGCGCUACUGCUUGCGGCGACUGCAAUCUCACCAGCCAUAGCACAACAGAGUCAAGGUCCGACUGUAAUAGCAUCAGCAGAUCCGUCCGCGACAGCCACGUCGCCGACCAGCACCAUAACGCCGGCGAGUACGCUAAACUCUGCUUCUGGAAGCGCUACUACAAGCAAUGAUGUUCCUCUCUCACUUUGGAGCCAAGCGGAAAGCUUAUUGUCAUCUUACUACCCGUCAACAACACUUACGCAGGUUGCGUCCCUGACAUGGCCAAGUGCUGUGGUCAUCGGUUCCAGCACGUAUUCAGUACCUGCAACAUCGGUAUCCUCGAUUGCUCCAGCGAGGACGGGCUCUUCCACUAACGCCAACCCGUCACAACAGCCUAACAUCACCAAUGAUCAGAAGCUCGGCAUAGGCAUUGGUGUAGCCCUAGGUGCUGUCGCUCUCAUCCUUCUGGCACUUGUGGGCUGUUGCCUGCACCGACGAAAGAAGUCCACUGGCAUAUUCUUCAAGCGUCGCGGCACACCCUCCAUCACGGACAGCGAUAUCGGGGCGUGGCGAUCGCCAAUGCAGAGACACACCUCCAUACUAUCCACCGCCCGACCGAACAACUGGGCAGAGCGAUACGACCGUAUGCCCGAGCCACCGAUGUCGAGUCUGCAGCCACCACCAAUGGCCAUGCAUCCCGCAUACGCUCGUCAGUACUCGAAUUACUCUUCUUCAGAGGACAAUCCCUUCUUCACUCCCGAAGAACGGUCUUUACAGCACAAGAUGGACGGUGCAGCUGUGGCGAAAGAGCUGCGAGCAGAGCCGGCUGGCCAGCGUGACUCAUAUGAUUCGAUGGCAGCAGCCGCGGCUGCACCACGCCACUCCUACGACUCGAUACAGCCGGAGCCAGAAAUGGAGAACCGUCCGCCAACGCCUUUCUCACCAAUGAUGAUGAUGGCGAACACUCGCGACCAUGGGACACAUCCAGCUGAGCGCAGCAACCCAUUCUCCAGUCCAGAGGACGAUGAGGCAGACGACAUUGUCUCGCCGAUCUUGCCUUCGCGAAGUCCUGAGCGAAGACACUCGCCCAUGAUACAUUACCCGUCGUGGGGUGAAGUAUCCGAGUUCGAUUUCAGUGGCGAGGGUAGUCGAGGUCGGAGUGUGCGAGGCCAGUCAAGCUAUGAGAGUAGCAGUGGCGACGAGUACAGACCAAGACGUGAAUCUGUGCUUGGGCGGUACGAGCUGGCUUAG